ACGCGCAGAAAGGCCAAGAAACCGGUGUUGUUGACAUUUUAGCAACACGUUUAGCGACAAUGGCGGCCGAAGUGAGACAGGAGCUUGCACAGUUGAUGAAUUCAAGCGGAUCUCACAAGGACCUCGCUGCCAAAUAUCGGCAGAUUUUGGAGAAGGCCAUUCAGCUGACAGAUGCGGAGCAGCUUGAGUCCUUGAAGGCCUUUGUUGAAGCAAUGGUCAACGAGAAUGUCAGUCUUGUCAUCUCGAGACAGCUGCUGACCGAUUUCUGCACACACCUGCCCAACCUGCCUGAUGCCACAGCUAAAGCGGUGUAUCACUUCACCUUGGAAAAGAUCCAGCCGAGGGUCAUCUCCUUCGAGGAGCAGGUAGCCUCAAUCAGACAGCACUUGGCAACUAUUUAUGAAAAGGAGGGAGACUGGAGAAAUGCUGCCCAAGUUUUAGUUGGCAUUCCUCUGGAAACCGGGCAGAAGCAAUAUAAUGUUGACUAUAAGUUGGACACGUACCUAAAAAUUGCCCGACUCUACUUAGAAGAUGAUGACCCGGUACAAGCGGAGGCCUAUAUCAACAGAGCCUCGCUGCUUCAGAACGAGUCCUCGAAUGAACAGCUGCAGAUCCACUAUAAGGUAUGCUAUGCCAGAGUGCUUGAUUUUAGGAGGAAGUUCAUUGAAGCUGCACAGAGAUACAAUGAACUGUCUUAUAAGUCUAUUGUUCAUGAAAGUGAACGUCUGGAGGCACUGAAACAUGCCCUGAACUGCACCAUACUGGCCUCUGCAGGACAGCAGCGUUCCCGCAUGUUGGCCACUCUGUUCAAAGAUGAGCGCUGUCAGCAACUGGCUGCUUAUGGGAUUCUGGAGAAGAUGUACCUAGACCGCAUCAUCAGAGGAAACCAGCUCCAAGAGUUUGCUGCAAUGCUGAUGCCCCAUCAGAAAGCCACAACAGCAGAUGGCUCCAGCAUCCUCGACAGAGCUGUGAUCGAACACAAUCUCCUGUCGGCCAGCAAACUCUACAACAACAUCACUUUUGAAGAGCUGGGAGCAUUGUUGGAGAUCCCCCCUGCAAAAGCUGAGAAGAUUGCAUCUCAGAUGAUCACUGAAGGACGCAUGAAUGGCUUCAUUGACCAGAUAGAUGGCAUUGUUCACUUUGAAACCCGCGAACCCCUUCCUACCUGGGACAAACAGAUCCAGUCUCUUUGUUUUCAAGUAAACAACCUGCUAGAAAAGAUCCGCCAGGCAGCUCCAGAGUGGGCAGCACAGGCUAUGGAAACCCAAAUGACCCAGUGAACUUCAGUACACCUCCCUCCAAACGAAACCUCCCACCUGCUCCAUCGGCCCAAGCUAAAGUUCUGUCUCCCUGCUCAAACUGAAUCACCACUGAAGCCCAAGUUAUUAAAACACUUGAGAUGAACUUAAUAUUGUUUGGAUUUAGUUUUUAUUAUUACUUCUCUGUGUUGCUCCAUAUGUGUUCUCUAAUGUCCUAUCUGUAUAUUUAAUUACAGUUGAUGAGGCCAACAUUGUAUAAAGUAAAACAUAAUGCAAAGUUAGUCAAGUUAUCAACAAAUAAAGGCUUAUCGGUAUAUCAGUCAGCUAAAAUUGAUCAGUGUAUAAUUAUGAUUUAAGCUUCUAUGGUACACAAAACAUGUCGGCAGAGUCUUUAAAAUAGACUAAACACACAUAAGAUAAAGUAAUAUAGAUUUUGUUGAAAGUUUACAUGGUCUGUUACCUGUAGCAACAUUGUAACAUUAUGGUGCCUAACUGAAAAAGAAAAACUUUAUUUUUCCAAUUUGAACAUUUGUUUCAUGAACAUGUAUGAAAUGUUCAAUACCUUCUACAGGUUCUCAUACAUCCCAUCUUAAAUGUAAAAGUAAUGUUUUUUUAAAGGUUGAAAAUGAUUUAAAAAUAAACUUGAUGGAUCAUCAGUAGAUGUGACCAUCUAUAAAAGCA